AUGUCGACGACAGCUGCAUCCGGCGAAGACUCUCUCUCUUACUACCUUGACACGCCAACUCUAGACAGCGAGUCCCCUACGCUCCUCCACUCCAUUUCCGAGCACGGAGGCUACGCCUACGUCAGCAUGGCUGCCCUGGCCGCCGCCGGCGACUUUCGCGCGGCGGAGGCGGCUCGAGAGAUGGCGUGGGAGCAGCUUCACUCUGGUCCCUGGCACUCCGUGCUUCCUGUGUGGCGCGAUGCGUAUUCCAUGGCGUGCCUCCACGUGGCGAGGCACCACUACGGCAACGGCGAGUUCAAGGAGGCGCUUAGGGUUUUGGAUAUGGGGCUCAUCAUGGGAGGAACGCUCCUUAGAAACGAUUUGGACUCUGCCGUUGAGAAGGUAUCAGAAAAAGCAAGGAGUGUUAGGGUUUCUGAAAUGAACCAUCAAGGUUUUGGGAGCUGCGAGCAUCGACUCGUUGAUCAGGAAUUUGAUGUGCUCCAACUUUUACCUGUCAAGUCACUUUCUUCUGAGAUUGUGGUGAAAAGGUCGGCUCUGUCGUUGGAGAAAUUCCUGAUAGAUCAUUACCUGUGUGGUUCCCCUGUUAUUAUCAGUGAUUGUAUGGCUCACUGGCCAGCCAAGACGAAAUGGAAUAACAUUGAUUACUUGCUAAGAGUUGCUGGUGACCGCACAGUUCCGGUUGAGGUUGGGAAGAACUAUUUAUGUGCAGAGUGGAAGCAAGAGCUAAUUACAUUUUCAGAGUUUCUUCAACGGAUAAAGUCUUAUGGUUGUUCUCCUGGCGGUCCGACAUAUCUUGCGCAACAUCCAUUGUUUGAUCAGAUAACUGAGCUUCGGAAAGAUAUCUUUAUUCCUGACUAUUGUUUUGCUGGUGGAGGGGAGCUAAGAUCUCUCAAUGCUUGGUUUGGUCCAGGUGGAACAGUAACACCAUUACACCAUGACCCGCAUCAUAACAUACUAGCUCAGGUUGUUGGGAAAAAAUACAUUAGGCUUUACUCUGCAUCUUUGUCUGAGGAACUUUUCCCCUACUCUGGUACCAUGCUUAGCAAUUCCAGCCAGGUUGAUUUAGAUGACAUAGAUGAAGGGAAGUUUCCUAAGGUGCAAGACUUGGAAUUUGUGGACUGUAUUUUAGAGGAAGGUGAAAUGUUAUAUAUCCCUCCAAAAUGGUGGCACUAUGUGCGGUCUUUAACUACCAGUUUCUCGGUUAGCUUUUGGUGGAGUGAGGGCGAAAGUUCAGCUGCAUCCUAAUGUUGUAUCACUUUGAUGCCUAUGUUUCAUUUUUAUUAAUGGAGAACUGAACAUGUUCUUAAGUACCGUUGCUAAUAUCUACGUGACAGGUCAUUUUACA